UUUCCCACCUAGAAAUUGCAUGGUUGCCAACUCUCGAAAAUGUAUGUAUCAUUGUAAGUUAUAUAUACAGGGUGGAACCUUUCAAAGCUGAACAAAUAUUGGGCAGAAGCGCGCAUGCGCAGAUGUGUGGGUGGUAUCUGUGCUAGCCCAUAGUAAUUUUUGUUGUGAAAUUGCACUGUUCACAAUUAAAAAGUUUGGAAAUAUUAUACGUUAGACGAUCAUUCUUUUACUCAUCCUUAUUGCUGGUUGCAUAAUAUUGCACUGACCACAUUUAAAAUUUUUGAAAGUAGGUAACGUGAUAAAAUGGGACAUUUAAAAACUAAUCCUUGCUCUUUAAGGAGUAAUUACAUUUACUUUCACAGCCAUAAAAACUACAUUAUUGAUUACUUUUGGCGAUGGUAAAUAAACAAACUGGCGGUCUUAUCCCACCGAUAGUAAUUACAAUGUGCUGCCACCAGAGGUCUCAGUGUUAAUCUGAAUCGCGAAUAUUCUGAGAAACCCUGUACCUACGUCUUUCGGCAAGAUAAAAAAUAUUCAAAUUUCCAAAAUCUGGAAAAUGUCAACGAACUUUUAAAAAUGCAAACAAAAAAUUCUAUCUUCUGCAAAAUUAGGACAUGACACCUUCAAAUAAUCAAAGAUAAGUAAUGCAACUCAUUUGCAUCUCGCCCGCACAACCUGAGAACAGUUAGUACUCAAUAACUACAUUUUUAUUAAUUAGUGGGUGACCUACAUCUCGUUAAGGCAAGCUAACUGUACCUGCAUACUUUGCAUGGAGGAAGCCCCUUCAUUUUAAUAAGCGACAAUGACUGCACAAAUGAUAGUCUUGUGCUACCCACACACGGAUCACCAUGCAGGUGCAUCACAAGAUUUUGACGGUGCUAACUUUCGCGAUCACUAUUUUCACAUUAUGCACCGGUGCGAAAACCAGCAGGAAACUAAGGAAGGGGCUGUUGCGCCAAAAGGAAACGAAUCCCGUAAACUUCAUUAGGUUAGUCGUGAUGAGGUUAAUUUACGGCAUGGCCACACGUAUGGGUUUCGGUGAGAAUAUUUCGGAAGCGCUCAACGGCGCCUUUGUACCACCGGGAGUCGAGGAGGAUUACGAUUUUGAUUUAUCCGAUCAAGACGACUACGACUUCUAAAAACGGACCGUGAAGAGUGCCUCAUCGU